AUGUCUAGCCCUCCGAGGGGUCGGUUCUCGCAUAUCGCGAUGUUCCGCAUUGGAUCGCUCCUUUUCAUACCAGCAUACUUGUCUGUCAUUCUGUACCGUGUGUUUGCAAGUUCAGACGACGAUGGGAACCCGGUUCUCAUGGCCGCUCUCGCAAUAAGCACGGCCGUGCGCUUCUGUGGAGGCACGUUCGUGUACACCGCAGUAUCCGUGCUACUGAACUACAUGUCUCCGCUGCAUGUCGUGGGCUUUGCAAGCGGCAUCGCGCAAAGCACCGUCAGCCUCGCACGAUUCAUUGGCCCCAUCCUGGGCGGCACACUCUGGUCCAUGAGUGCGGAGAACGGACCCGCCGGGUACCCGGUCGGCUUCAUUGCAUGCUCGGGAGUGUGCGCACUCGCUGUGGCCCUUAGCUUCCUCAUCAAAUGUUGCCAUAACAUGCUCAAGAUCAAGCUCGCGGAAAGCUACGAGCAGCCCGCAUCUGCCAUCAACACGCUGCGUGGGCGCGCCAACUUCGAGCAGAGCCAGACCAGUGCACCGUGCCUGCGGGUGUGGCGCGGAUCACCAUUGGCAGAGAACCCGGUUAGCGCUGAGCACGAGAACGGCUUCCGUGGCAGGAAGACUCCCAUUCUCAAAGUGGUGAGGCGGCAGAUAUGGUGCCAGGACGAUCUGCGCGCCGAGAGAGGUGGGCUGCCUUCAGUCCAUCCGCCUGCAGCUGCUCGGCUACCACCUCGCCGCGAAGAGCAGCUCGCCGCGAAGAGCAGCUUCGAUGUCGACUUCCCGCGGAACCUGGCGGGCCUUGGCAUCGCUUUCGGACGCUAG